AUGCCUAUGCUAAUCGAUGUCGCCGAAUUAUCUGGUCUGGCUGUCGAAGGCGCGCUCUACGGGGUGUUCUUGUGUCUGUUUCUCGUUUGCGCGUUUGAUCUUCUAAAGAGGCGCGCGCGGGGGAAAGCUACUCUCAACUGGCCGGUGGCUGUGGCUGGCGUGUUGCUCAUAGUCCUUGCCACGGCUCGCUUCUCCGUUGACACCGCGAAUGUCUUCGUUGCCUUCAUCAGCCACGACCCACGCGAAGCGCGCAUCGCAUACCUCGCAGAUCCUACCCAACCAUUAUUCACCACCAAGCAUAGCAUCCUCAUCUGUGUGCUACUGGUUGGAGACUCCUUCGUGAACUACCGUUGCUGGAUCGUCUGGGGAAAGAGGCUCUAUGUCGUCCUAUUUCCUAUCGCUCUAUCCUUUACGAGUGCUGCUGCUGGUUCAUACACGAUGUGGGCUUACAGCCACUUGCCAAAUCAGACCAUCCUCUCUGAGGCAAAAUGGCUGAAGGCAUUCUUCUCCCUGAGCCUGGUGGCCAAUGCCGUUGCUACCUCUCUGCUUGCAUACAGAAUAUGGGCGGUUAACCGUCAGACCCAACGAGCACUGGCUACCCCGGCGCGGGGUGACUCGUCCCGGCUAACGCCUAUCAUCCGUAUAGUCCUCGAGAGUGGCAUCUUUAACGCGAUGUACUUGUUCGUCUACGUCAUGACGCUAGAGUUUGGCUCACAAGGCCUGGAGAUCAUGUCCGAGAUGUCCGUGCAGCUGACCGGCAUCAUCUUUUCGACCAUCAUCUUCCGCAUCAGCCGCCAAAGCCACGACGACUCGUACUACAGCACCGCACAGCUCACAACUCUCCAAUGGCGAGCAACCAAGAACUCCGGACCCUCGGCGGGUACAGGGUCUGGGACAAGUACUGCGAUAACGACUGCUCGCUUCAAGUCUCGCGAUCAGUCGUCGACUCUACCCGACGAAAUCGAGGUGCCGCUUGAGCAGUACCACGACGGGUCGUAUGCGACUUAUGACGAUAUCGACUCGAGCCAUACAGACUCUCGAGCAUACAAGGCUGACGCUGUCUGA